AUGCUGAUUGGCUCAGUCCAUGCUGCCUCCCGGGGUAAUCUCGUUUUCGCCCUCCCCAUCCGUCUCUCGCUCAAUGAAAGCCACGACACCGCAGGAUUUUCAGCAUCGCCUGGCCUACGAAGGGAGGCGAUCUACGAACCGAACCACCCUCGCUCGCGUGUCGCCACUGUCCGAACGAUAGGAAGCAAGGCGAACGGCGAACGACGAUGA